GUGGAAGAGGCCGAUUUGAUUCUAAAACUUCCUUUAAGUUUGUGUGGCAGUAAAGAUAGGCUCAUUUGGCAUUAUACUCCUAACCGAAUAUUCCCUGUUAAAUCGGCAUACCAGGUGGCUCAGGAAAGGCAAUUCAGAACCGAUCAGAAGCUUUUCUGGAGCAGGAUUUGGAAACUCAAUGUGAAGAAAAAGAUUUGCCAUUUUAUAUGGAGAUGUUGUCAUGGAGUUCUAGCAAUAGGUGAGAAAUUAUUUUCAAAAGGGAUGAUGGUGGAGAGAAUCUGUCACAGUUGCGGGGAGGGAGUCGAGAGCUUGGAACAUAUCUUAUUUAAUUGUGAGAAGGCAAAACAGGUGCGGCGAUUGGCUCCUGUGCAAUGGAUAAUGAUAGAAAAGCAGGAUCAGGGGGAUAGGGUCGUGGGUGCAAGUGAACAACCAGAGGUGGAGGUAGGGUGGAUUCUCGUUUCUACCAGUGCCAAAACUAAUGGUGAUGGUUCAGUGGGGAUGGGCGGAGUUGCGUGGAAUGCUGACGGACAAAAGCUUAGGGCUUGGUGCUCUUUUAGAGAUCCAGCCACAGGAAUCGAAGAGGAUAUUCUUGCUUCUAUCAGGUUGGCGUUGGUUAAUGCUGUGCAAGAAGGUUGGAAGAAGAUUAUUAUACAGGUAGAUAACCAAGCUAUUGCGCAGAAGCUCAGUCAGAAGCGCUGCUUUUCGAGGAGUCAAUCCGUUAUAGCUGAAGAUAUUUACUUGCUACUGCUUUUGUUUGAAAGUUGUACUUUUACUGUUUCAUCAAAGUUUGGUAGAUUAGCUAGCUGCAGGGUUUCUGAUUUUGCACUUAUGGGAGAAUCUUCCUUUGUGUGGAUGUCUCCUCUUCCUGAUUGGAUC